AUGGAGGAUAUUUUCAAAAUAAAGCAAGGGGAUUCCGAGCUGCUUAGAGAAUUCGUAGAUAGAUUCCAGCGUGAAAGGAUGACGUUACCACUCGUACCUGAUAAUUGGGCAGCUAUGGCUUUUGCCAGUAAUUUGAAUAAAAAGAGCUCAGAAGCCACGAGACGACUCAAAGAAAGUCUACGUGAAUUUCCAGCAACAACCUGGAAUGAUGUUUACAACAGAUACAACACGAAGCUAAGGAUAGAAGAAGAUACCAUCUCCCGGUCUCAAAAAGAGGAGAAGGUGAGUUCGAGACGUGCUGAAACCGAAAAAAGAUCCGGUAAAAACAGAUACGAACCCUACAUGGUCCCAGCGGGAAGAGAUUCACGUUCAAAACAGGACAAUUCAAGGUAUGAUCAUAGAUCGAGAGAUAGAGAGUCGGGUUCAUCAUCAAGGUUUGGAAAAGAUCGAAACGCACGAGAGACGCGAGAUGAUGACAGAUGUUUGAAGGCAAGAUUUGGCGGUUACAAUUUUAAUAUCAGCACUUCGGAGUUAGUAGCAGUAUUAAGAAGCAUGGGUGAUAAGGUGCGGUGGCUAAAGGAAAUAAGAUCAAAUCCGAAUAGGCGUAAUCUUGAUCACUGGUGCGAGUUUCACAACUAUCAUUGUCAUAAAACGACAGAUUGUAGAUUGCUACAAGGUGAAGUAGACCAUUUAUUAAAGCAAGGGUAUCUUACCGAGCUAUUUAGUGAAAAAGGUAUUUCCGAGAACAUCAUUUUGCUAAGAGUAUUAAACGCGAUGCAAGCCGAAGAUAAGCUAGUACCUAAAGCACAUACGUUAUCUGGCUUUGACAAUUCAAGCGUCGUGACAAAAGGGGAGGUAGUACUUACAACAUUCGCAGAAGGAGUUGUUAAAGAUCCGAAAUUUCAGGUGGUAGAGAUGGAAAUGGCUUACAAUAUGAUUCUUGGUAGACCGUGGAUUCACGAGAUGGAUGUUGUGCCGUCUACCCUACAUCAAGUUAUUAAAUUCCCAUCACCAUGGGGAAUACGUCAAAUCCGUGGGGAUCAACAAACAUCCAGGAGCAUCAACUCUGUAGCAGAUUCAAGCACAAAAAACGAAGAAAAGUAG